AUGAAAUAUAUCAUUGCUGCAAUUACAAGUUGGGUGGAGUUCUUUUAUUGAAGUCUAUUUUUUCCCUGCUUAAAAAAAAAUCUUUUGGUGAGCUAUAUGGGCUUAUGCCUGUGUGUGGGAGGUGAGUGCAUGCGCAAGCUAGCCAUGCUGACUGCUCAGGGGAACUUCAACCAUGUGGUACAGAGUGUGCGACGCAGUGAUCAUGAACUGGUCACUCAUGGAGUCUACAGGAUCUGUAGACACCCUAGUUAUGUGGGCUGGUUCUACUGGUCCAAUGGCACUCAGAUGAUACUGGUGAAUCCACUCUGUUUUGUGGCCUACAUUACACUGGCGAGCUGGAAGUUCUUCAAUGAUAGGAUAACUGUGGAGGAGCUGACACUGCUCAACUUCUUCGGAGAGAAGUACUUGGAGUAUCAGGACAAGGUGGGGACAGGACUUCCUCUCAUCAGCGGUUAUAGGCUGGAGCAGUGAUCUCUCCUGGAGACAGCAGAGUCUGUCAAUCCAUCAGCUG